UUUCGAAUUAACCUUACUUCUCAUUCCGCUUUGUAGCUAGCGUUGUUGACUUAGUCCGAGUGUGCAGCUAUUAUGAUAAAAACUUUCUUAAUUUUGUGAUUUUUCCAGUGUAUUUAUUAUGCAGAUAGUUUAGUAGCAUUGGAGGUCACUAAAUUAUGGUCGUCGGAUAUAGAAAAUAUGUUUGUAAGUCAGCUGGCUAGCACAGGACAGCUAGCUGAUAAAGGAGAAGAGGGAGGAGAAAACAUAAACAUAAACAUAAACAUGAACAUAAACAUGUAUUAGCGCUGCUAGCCAACUGACGUUAGUCGGUAUACAUUUUAUGGUCAUUUUAGCUAGUGAGCUAAAUAGUUUGGUAUCGAUUCGUAUUGUAUUCGUGUGAUAGACUGAGGAAGAACAUGGAGAUGGAGCAGACUGACUUGCGAGAGAAUCCUCCCGGUUCGCUGGCUGUCCAGAAAACAGAGAACUGUGAAAAAAGUCUUGGAGGAAGAAUACAAGAUUGUGGUUUGCAGUGUAAAGACAGAGAUGUUGAUGGCGAGUCUGCGAAAAGGGAAGAGACUGAAGAGUAUGAAAUGCUAGAUCAUCAUCAACAACAACAACAACAACAACAAGAGGAGCUAGAGGUGCAUAAGAAGCAGCCUGAUGAAGAGCUGGACCCCAGAAUACAGGAGGAGCUGGAGCAUCUGAAUGAAGCCAGUGAAGAGAUCAACCAGCUGGAGCUGCAGCUAGAGGAAGAGAGGUCAAGCUACAGGAAAAUAUUUACAGAUUCAGCCAGGAAGCUCAAUGCACUAAGCUCUCAGCUGGGCUCUUGCAUUGAGAAAGCCAGACCUUACUAUGAGGCACGGAGAUUAGCUAAAGAGGCCCAGCAGGAGACCCAGAAGGCUGCGCUUAGAUACGAGAGGGCCGUUUCCAUGCACACGGCUGCACGGGAGAUGGUGUACGUGGCUGAGCAGGGCCUUGGUGCAGAUAAGACUCUGGAUCAAACCUGGCAAGAGAUGCUCAAUCAUGCCACUGCCAAGGUGAACGAGGCUGAGGAUGAGCGACUGCGGAGUGAACGAGAGCACAUGCGUGUCACCCAGCUGUGUCAGGCAGCUGAGGCUCGUGUACAGACCCUGCAGAAAUCCCUCAAGAGGACCAUUAUCAAGUCGAAGCCUUACUUCGAACUCAAGGUCCAGUUUAACUCCAUAUUGGAGGAGCACAAAUUGAAGGUAACUCAGUUAGAAGAGCGUGUGAGUGAAGUGAAGAAGCAUUACUCCUACACUCUGCAGCGCUUGGAGAAAAUCAGCGAGGAGAUCCAUGCCCAGAGAGGACCGGAUCAUUCUGAGAAUGGAUCUACAAAAUCCUUCAAAACACGCAGUCCUCCUAUAGGAGCCGAGGCGGUAAUUACUACGAGGACUGAAGGUGGACACUGUGGAGGCCGCAAUAAGUCAAAUGAAUGGGUGGACGGCCAAGAGGCUAAGACACAAGAGUGGGUGGAGAGACACAGGGAGUCUGGCUGGUGGGAGGGAGAAAAACGGAGACCGACAUCUGGAGUGGGUUCGGACUCCACCUCCGUUUUUAGCUUUAAAACCAUUGCUUCUGAUUUGGAGAAGUGCGACUCUGUUGAGCAUCUCGGCCAGCUGAGUGACUCUGUUAGUCUUUCUGGGGAAGAGGAGGAAAGGGGGAAAGAGGGAGAUGAAGAGAUUGGAGGAGUGGAACAAAAAAAGAACAAAAAGUUGGAUUUUACAGAGAUUGAGAAACAAGAGCAGCUCAUCAAGCAGCAUCACAGGAGUGUGAGUUUGUGAGUAAAGCUCACCUCGGGGUCACAUGAAGGGGAACAUUUGAGUAGGAGUGGGUGAUUUGGUGAUACUUGAAGACAUUUCCACAGUACACAAUAUGUAUCAGGAUAUUUAGCAGUGAUAACAUUGUAACAGAUAAACAGUGGUCAUAUUUUUAAAAAGAACCAAUGCAACCUAUGGAAUGGUUUUAAUGUUAUUUUUAAUUGCAAAAAAAUUAUUUAACAUUCAGAAAGAAGGAAAAAUGAAACAUUCAUUCAUCUUUGGUAAAUGCUUUAUCCUGGAAAGGGUUGCAGAGAAUCCGGAGAACACUGGGUUUAAAAUGGGAAUACACGCUGGAUGGGACGCCAGUCCAUCGCAGGACACCAUGCACACACACAUUCACACACGCUUAACAACUAGGGGCAAUUUAUCAUUUAUCAUUUGGUGGGUGGGAGGAAACCAGAAAACUCAGAGAAAACCUACACAAACACAGGGAGAAAAUGAAAAUGAAUCAUCGGAUAUGUAAAAAGUAAUAUCCAAUCAGCUACUUGUUACUGUGAGCAACAAUUUCACAAUAUGCUUUUCUCAAAGUAUGACAAAUAUCAUCUGUACAUUUAUAACACUGACCAACUCUGCUGUAAAUCAUCAGGUUACGAUCUUUACCAUAUUGUCAUAUUGUCCAGUCUUACAUUCCACCAAGUCUGUUUUUUUCCCCAACACAUCAGGGAAGACCUUUUUAGUCUAGUAUAGUAGGAUAAUAUGGUCCAGUUUAGUCUCCAUGUCAACAGCCACAAUAUGUGAAUCCACAAAACUACCAGUAUGACAGUGUGAGGAAUAACAUUUGAAAUAGUUAUCAAGGCUGUUGCAUUGCAUAUUUCAAGCUGGAUUUGAGCAGUACUGACCAUCUCUUCAUCAAUUUUCCUAUCUGUGAGAACAUUAGCCCUGUAAUUGCACUUUGCAUCAGGAAAGGGAUUAGAAAGAAAUGGACUUCUUGUGAAUAGCUGUGAUGAAUGAUGAGAGAUAGACUUAAACCCAGCUCCAGUCUAAUGAAACUGAAUCCAGUAUAGUCUUGUGCAACGGUUCAGCAGGUAAUUAAAAAUGCAGUGACAAACACACUCAUUUUGCAAUAUAUUAUGAAAUGUGAGAUGUUAAAAGACACCCAGGGAUGCAGAGGUUGUCGUUGGUGCUGAUAGUAACAGCAGAACUUGUAAAUUAUUGCAUGAAAAUAAAUUGAACAUAAAAAAAGCAAAUGCUUUAGGGUAUCGUGUGGAGUCUUAGAUAAUGCUAAUAGAAGACACACUGCAGGUAAUUUGCAUAAAAUCCGUAGCACAAUGCACAUAUUUUAUCAAAGUAAAUCUUUGAAAUUAAUGACAGCACCCUGUAGAUACGAUUAAAAUGUCCUUACAAUUACGCUUAAAACAAAAAUACUGAACCAAUAAUUAAUUUCUUGACAUUUUAGUUCUACACCAGCCUCUUUACGCUCAAUUUGGCUUUUUAAUUGUUUGCAUAGAUACUGACAUGGAGAAAGAUGAAAAAGACAAUACAUUAAAAUCCUCAGACAAACUAAAGAACACAGAGGUGUAUUUUAAACUGACUAUACUGUAGUCUUUAGUAGUUUAUUCUGCAUUCAUUAUUUAAAUGUGUUUUAUCUGUACAAGCCUUUCAUGUCUUUCUAAAGCCUAGCUUAUAAAUAAUAAAAGUUUAAUCUGGUAUUAAAAUACCAAUUGUCGAUUACUUUUGGUGUUGAGUAUAUUUAGAGUUAAACAGCAUUUUUUAAUGUAAAAUGGCAUUUACAAGACAUUUAUAUGAUUGCAAGUUGGAACUGACUGACCAGGCUAGACGAACACUUAAAUGACAGCUGCUAAAAGGCAAUAAACAGCCGCCUCAAUAAUUACCACUGAAGUCAAUUUACACCUCUUUAACCCAGACAAGCUUAAGGUCAUGAAGCUGAUAUUUUCCAUUUUCCACAAACUGCAGAACACAAAACCUUGGAAUGUGUGGGUGAGUUUUAUUUAUGAUUUACAAAUGUUAACAACAGCGAUGCAGGAAGAUGGUUGAAUGCAUAUUUAUUAUGGGUGUGAACCUCAGGCUUCCACAUGAAAAGAUACGAUUUUGAUUCUUAAGGCAAUGAGUUGAUAUUUGCCGAUACAACUGAAUCUGCUAAGGUACGAUUUGAUACGAUUAGAUUUAGUAGCCUCUGAUCUAUACGUGAUCAACUAUGUUGUGGAUUCGGUAGUAAGCCUGCCGUUAAUUUGCGAAUGAUGAUGAAGUCGAGAAGGACUGUUUGACGUAUCAGAGUUACAGGCAAAUCACCUUCAUGGCCUGUUUAAUUAUUUACAGUUCACAUUUAUCAGUUUACAAAUAUGAAUUAUUUCUUACACACCAGUUGUCUGUUCUUUUUCAGUAAUAACUGAUUUAUGAUUGGGGCCUCAAUUUAUUUCAGUCGUUGCCUUUUAAAUUGAUGCAUCGAUCCAAAAUUGUCCGAUAACUACACCCCUAAUAUUUCUUAUCUUAAUGUAGUUUUCACUGACAACAUGAAUUCGUUUUCCCCUACUUUACCUUUUACAAGUUAAAUACAUGCAACAUAAUGCUCAUUCCCCUUUUUCCUAGAAUUGCAUCUUUAACUUGCAGACACGUUGAACUGCAUAGUAAUAAACAAACUCUCCAAUUUCACUCAGAAGCAAUACUGACUCACUGACUACUACAUUCACAUGAUUAUAUAUCCUGUUUUUGUGAAUUGGUUUCAGUACACCUUUCUCACACUGCCCUUAAAGUCUAAAUGAAAUUAGCCUUAAAUUAUAACAUGCCUUUUUUAUUUUUAUCUUAGACUUGUAUAUUAUUCAAUAUUAGCAAACAUGUAAGAUCCUUCAAGUCAGUUGAUUGUUAUCAGGUUCAAGCUAAAUAGAUUUUUCAUAGUUUGUGUGCUUCUAUAAGACAUGCUGCUCAGUAGAUUGCAAGAAUUGUCCUUGCUUUAUCAUUAUAUUCAGUAAAUCAUUUAUUAUAAGAUUUACUAUUGCAUUCAGUGUUAAUUUAUUUUUAUUCAGCAACUGGAAUUUUGAUGUAUAAUAUUUUAAAUAUUAAGCAGGCAUUCUGUAGUUAUAAUUUGUGUUAUGAUACAGCUGACUAUUGAAUGAUAGUAACUUUUUUGUGUUAAUUAUUUAAGAUGGUCAUAGCUGUGUAUUUCUUGACUGUCUAUAUGCUAGAUUUUCCUGUUUUCUUUAAUAGCAUUUAUAUAUUUUGUUUGAUACUCUCUGUAAAGAUUGUUCUUCAUGAAGAUGAAAUGUGCAAUGUCUGACAGAACAAUACUUUAUUAUACAUAAAUUUUAUGUAUAAAGGUAAAUUUCAUGCAGUUGAAGUAUAGCUUUAUCUCCAUUUUGUUCAUCUGUGUAAUUGUAUUUUCAGUGCAAAGUUCUUAGUUGUGUUAUGACUUUCUCCUUUUCCUGAAGACAUAUGAACAUGUUUCAUGUAGUGUGCUACAUAAUCUAAUUGUAUAGAUCAGAUAAUCAUAUUAAUAAAAAUGUUCAGUUACAUCAA